AUGAACUCACUGGUUUCUGGGCAGCUGCUGCUUUUUCUCUGUGCCAUCCACUUUGGGGAGCCAUCAGAAACGGCUCCUGUGGAGAAUCCUAGACCCGCAGGCCAGCAGCUGGGAUCCCUGGCCCUCCUGGUCCCCUGGGAGCAGAGCCUGCGGAGCGCCCAGAGGAAGCCGGCUGCAACUGCCAGGCUGAGCCGUGCGCUGUGCGCACCCUCCGAGAGCUCCGGGAGCCCCCAGCAGACCGGCCCAUGCGCACCCAGCAGCCGCCAGAUCCCCGCACCCCGGAGCGAAGUGCAGCGGGAGCUGCCGCCACCCUACUGGAACGUCUUCAGCUUGCGCUACGGCUAG